GCGCAUGACGUUUACCGCGCCGGUGAAACGCCGUGGCUCCGUGGCCCGGUUCUCGCUCCCGUCCGCCAGCCGCCUGCUCCCGACUCCCGGCACUCGGCAGUCUCGGCUCCGUCUGUUCAGUCUGUUGUGGUCUGUUGUCGCUGUUGUGCCGCGUACGCCGCGCAGUAAACAGCACGCUCCUGUCGGGCAAGAUGGUCACGGUGAAGGGACGCAAGAGCUCGAGCAAGAAUCCGCCGAUCCUCAGCCACGAGUUUGUCAUACAGAAUCAUGCGGACAUCGUCUCCUGCGUGGCUAUGGUCUUCGUGAUCGGCCUCAUGGUGCAGGUUACCUCACCAUGGGCUUACAUGUUUAUUGCUAUUCACCAUAAUGUGACCAAUACUACUGAGGAUCCAACCGCGGUGAUAAAGUAUACUACAGGAUGGAAAGAUGCAUGUGCGGUGUUCUUUUACUUCUUGAUAGCCAUUAUAAUGCAUGCCGUGCUUCAGGAAUAUAUAUUUGACAAAAUUUCCAAGCGACUGCAUCUCAGCAAAGUAAAGCUUUCUAAAUUUAACGAGUCCAGCCAAUUGAUAGUGUUUUAUACAUUGUCUGCGUUGUGGGCCAUCGACAUUAUAAUCAGGGAGAAUAUACUUUUGAAUAUAUGGGCAUUGUGGGAGGAAUACCCGGCGCCGAUGUCCGCCUCCCUUAAACUAUUUUUUAUCGGUCAGCUUUCCUAUUGGUUGCACUGCUAUCCCGAGCUCUAUUUUCAACGAAUUAAGAAAGAAGAUAUUUUGCAACGCGUCCUCCAUGCAACCAUCGGAUUAAUCUUCACAUUCGCAGCUUAUUUCUUCAACUUCCAACAUCUCGCCCUAAUCUUGUUAACUCUCCAUUACGUGGGCGAUGCUUUGCUACAUGCAGCCAGACUUGUUCACUUCAUUAGCCAGAAAGAAAAGAGAACAAAAUUGUCAUUCCUGGUUGCCAAUUCGACUUACGCAUUCGCGCGUAUUGUGACCAUCGGACUGACGUGUGUAGUGUUCCUGUACGGUUUAAGGAAGCAGGAGUUCAAGUUUGACUACGCCACCGGCAACUUUAAUACUCCCCCUGUGCAGUUUUCGGCAGCACUUAUUAUCUCGCUCUUCCAAGGCUAUCUCCUGUAUUUCUUCAUUAAGAAACAGAUUAAGCGUGCACGCGAAAAUGCCGCGCCUGUUGUCGUGAAGACGAAGCCGAAGCAGAAGCCGAAGAAACGAGAAGGCAAGAAAUCCGCCUUGUCCGAAGACGACGAUCUCCCAGAAGUAGACCAGGCGACGAAGAAGAAUCUGAGAAAUCGUCCUUCAGCCAAGGCAAAAUAGACGCUCAAUAAUUUAGAGAAAUCAUCUUCGCAAGGUUGAUUGGACAUUCGAUUUUAUUCGUCUAUAUGUCACGAACACGUCAGAAUAUUUGACUAAGGUGUACAAAAACAUAUUCUUCUUAAUGUAAAAACGAAGCUUCCAUAAUAACUCUCGUCGUGCAGAAUGUUGAAGGAUCUGGUAACUCGAUUUUGUAUUCGGCAGAUGCGGCAGAUUUUAAACGUUUUAUGAAAGAGAUAGGCACAUUGAUAAUCUAAACGAGCGGAUAUUUUUAACUACAGAUAAGUUUUUUUUUCACCAUUUUAUUGCUUUCAUAUGAAUUAUACAGAGAUAAAUGUUGUAUUCAUAUAGAAUCGCGGAAUGUUAAUGCGCACUUUGCUACAUUGUCUUUUUAUGCGCGUUAUGUAAAUUUUUCUAAAUAUGUAAACGCGCGUUAUUUAUAAUCUAAUUAAGACAAAUUUAUAUGAUUUUAUCCCUGUUUGCUGUUACUUAAAAUUCUUUAUAAAUUUUUUUGCGCACUGAUUUCUUUCGGUGAAUUUAGAGUCGAUUCGAAUAGGCCUUUCCAAGUUUCCGCUUUUCGAUCUCUCUUUUUUUCAUCGUCCUGCCGAUUUAGACGGAGGAGAGAUCGAAGAGAAAACUGAGCUCCAACCAGGUUAGAAGCUUUGAUCGGUCUUGCUUGUUAUCUUGGAUUAUCCUUGGAAUAGAAUAUUCAAAUAGAAUAGAGACAAACCCCUAUUAUGCUAGCAUUAAGUUACGAGGAAUAAAAGUACAUAGACAUAAUGCACGAAUUAAUCUGGACCAUAAAUAUGCUACAAGAAUCAUGCCACGUAAAAAUAUACAUAUCCUAUUAUGGAAUUAUAUUGUUACAUUUAAAUAUAAGUUUUAUUAUUUUUCAAUAUAUAUGUAUAUCAAUGGAAAAAAAAUGGUUUUGUUAUUGUAGUACUGCGUGCUUGGCGAAUAAUUAUAUUUCUUUAAAAUUACUGUUCCAAAAGUAACUUUAAAGAAUUCAAUACAUAUAUCAAUGGAAAAAGACGGUUUUAUUAUAGCACUGCGUGCUUGGCGAAUAAAUUAUAUUUCUUUAAAAUUACUAUUCCCCAAAGAAGAGGAAUAAAAUAGAUAAAAGAAAGCGAAGUUUUUGAUAGAUCAUUUUUUAAAAAUGUUUCCACUGUUCGGCAAUCUUAUGCAGAUUGCCUCCGUUAUCCGAAAAUAGAGCGUUCCUUCUAUAAGCCGAAAUGGCGUAAAGCGAAGAAACAAUGACCAUUAAUUUAUAUGUAUAUGGGAAAUAUUUUUUCGUAAAAGCGAAGUGACGUAAAGCGAACUUUCGAAAAGCGGGGGAUACUUGUAUUGUCGAAUUUCUAUUUGUAAUUCCACUUUUACUCGUGCAAUAAGAAUUUAACACUGCGAUCGAUCGAUCAAUUUUCUGUUUGCGCCUGCGAUCUAUUUUUUCAAGAAGACGGGAUAUGUAAUGACU